AUGGCUAUCGGAGAGUGGACAGAAGUCCGGCAAAGAAGAAGAAGACACCAGGAAGAUCAUAACUUAACCAAGAGCAUGGCAACAUCAUUCUUUUUCCAAAACUUUCCUGAAGAUUGGGACGAGAAGGCUCUGUGGCAAACAUUCCAAAGGUACGGAACAAUAGUGGAUCUCUACCUAGCCAGGAAGAGGAAUAUCAAGAACAAGAGGUUUGGUUUCGUUAGAUUCAUUAGAAUAGAGAAUAUCUCAGAAUUUGAAAGAAAACUAAACGGAAUCUGGAUAGGAAACUACAAGCUAAGAGUCAAUUUAGCUAGAUUCCAACGUAAAAGCACAGCAAACCUCCGCUCUACUAUGCCCCCCAACGGUCACGGUCAAACUAAGCAACCCUAUGGCUACCCCCAUCUUCACUCAUUCCAACCCAAUAAUCAAGAUGCACAGAAGUGUACCAAAAGCUAUGCAGAGGUGGUUGCAGGAGAUAAACUGCCAAAAGAAACUACAAAUCCAACCCCAAUCAGGAUGACAUCCUUUGAGGAAACGAGAGAAUUCAUGAAACGGGCACUAGUUGGCAAAGUGGAAAAUUUCCAAGCUCUAAUGAAUGUGAGAGCUUUUCCGGAGGUUGAAGAAUGCCCUACUGUAGUAAUGAGAUAUUUGGGAGGAUUAAAAAUGCUCGUGGAAUUCGAAAGUGAAGCUGCAAAGUCCAAGUUCUUAGUGGACGGAAGGCAAAUCUGGAAACCUUGGUUCAAGACGAUGUAUAAUUGGAACCCAAAAGAAAAUUUUAACGUAAGAAUAGCUUCCAUAAUGAUUUUCGGAGUCCCUCAACAUGCAUGGUGUGAGGAAGCUUUCUCGGUCAUUGCAAGAAAAUGGGGCACUGUAAUAAUACCGGAGGAAUGUGCAACUGAUAAUCCAAGUAUGGUGUUUGGUCGGGUAGGGAUCCUAACAUCGCACCCAAAUCUAAUCAACCAGUCAAUAACUAUCUCGGUGGAUGAAUCUCCUUUCUCCAUAACAGUUUUGGAAGACCUCCUUGAGUCUACAAGGCUAAGUCCGGUGGUUGCUAGCAAUGAGUUCGCCCUCAGUCCUAACUCAAGCCCUAAGUGGUUCGAGAACCCGUAUUGGGAGGACCUCCAUGAGUCGAGCGUCGAAGACAUCGCAGAAGAAGGAGAAAUCAAUAGCUCUGAUGACGAAGACUUCGUCUGCUCCCCAGUUCAGGAUACUAACAAUAGGUUCCUCUCAAAGUCGCCGGUGAUACACUCUCGGGAAGAUAAAGAAAAGUCUCCGGUGAACAAUAACUGCUCUCACAACUCCCAAGGUUCUCCGCGUAAUCCAAGAAGCCCGGAUGCGGCUAGAGAGGAAAACAAGGAGCCGCUUGAUCACAUGGGGAAUUUCUCUCCUCAGUCGCUCCAAAAUUCGGGUUCGCUCCAAAAUAAUACAACAAUUGGAAAAGAAGCCCAAUCCAAGUCUCCUAAUGGCCCAACUCAAGAAGGAUCCACAUCCUUAAUUAGCCCAAGACAAAAAUCGCCAGUCGGGAUCGAGAAAUCAAACACCGAGGACGAAGUGUCACAGACAAUUGAAAUCGGAGAAAGGAUUGGUUUUCAAGUGCAAGGAGGGGUUGGUUGUGAGGUAAAACGAGAUUGGAUCAAGAAUAUUAGGAGAGACAAUAAAGUUUUUCUCUUAGGUCUACAGGAAACAAAAUUAGUGGAGAUUAAAGGGUGUCUUGACAGAUCCAUAUGGGGUGAUUCCAACUUUCAAUGUGAAGUUUCUGAUCCUGUUGGUCUCUCGGGUGGUAUCGCAACAAUUUGGAACCCCAAUCAAUUCAAAUUAUCUGAGGCUAUCUUCGGAUAUGGCUAUCUGUUAACCAAAGGGGAAUGGAUCCCAUCCAAAACAGAAUACUCUUUCGUAAACGUGUAUGCCCCAAACGACCCUGGUCGUAGGAAACUCUUAUGGGCUGAGUUAGAAAAUAUCCUGAACGCACAUAGCAAUUCCAGGUGGGUGAUUUUUGGCGAUUUCAACGAAGUUCGCUCAGAAUGUGAAAGGCUAGGUUCAAGUUUCUGCAUUUCAUCAGCAAAUCACUUCAACAACUUUAUCUCAAAUGCAGGUCUGAUUGACCUCCAAAUGGGGGGUAGGCGUUUCACAUACAUGAGCUCCGAUGGCGGUAAACAUAGUAAGCUGGACCGGUUCUUAGUCUCCUACAAUACCAUCUACGAGUGGCCCCAUCUGCAGGUCACCGUACUCCCCCGCCUCUAUUCCGAUCACUGCCCAAUCCUGCUCUCUUCACCAAUAUGUGACUAUGGCCCGCCCCCAUUCCGUUUUUUCAACUCAUGGCUUCAAGAUGAAUCUCUUGAUAAGGUUGUAGUUGUAGGUUGGACUUUCGAACCUUCAAUAAGAUUUUUCGCAUCUCUCUCCCCUAUAUCUGUUGUUGCUGGUAAAUUGAAGAACACAAAGGGCAAAAUAAAAGAUUGGAGGAAAUCAAAAAAUGUAGAGGCCAACAUGAAGCGUCAGGAUCUUAUAGAAAAAAUAAAUAAAAUCGAUUUAGAGGCAGAAGGUGGUGUGGCUAAUCCAAAUUUGAUGGAGCUAAGAAAGCACCUUCAUAAAGAAUUGUUGGAAAUUGAAUCCAAGAGGAUCAGCGACCUCAAGCAAAAGGCGAGAUGUAAAUGGGCCCUGGAAGGAGAUGAAAAUUCAGAGGGGGGCUUCAAUGCUCCAUCAAGGGCAAGGAGAAAAGGUUUUUGCUCGGGCACCAUUGUAAAUCUGCAUUCCGACCUAUCAAAACUCGGUAUUGACCUUAAAAAUCUGUUCUCGAUCCAAAGUGAAGGCAGGUUCUGGAAGCUGGGGUUCUCAGGAAUAUUCACAGUAGCCUCUCUGAGAACACAUAUAGAUAACAAUAUCCUGCCAAAAUCAAGCAACUGUUGGAUCUGGAACCACUUGGUUCCCCGAAAAGUAAACAUUUUAGCUUGGAGAGUUAAUCACGGUAGAUUACCAACCAAAGAGAAUUUGUUUAAUUUAGGAAUCGGUUCCAACCCUCUUUGCACCCUAUGCAAUCAGCAUGCCGAAUCCGAGAGUCAUCUAUUCACUACUUGCGCAGUUUCAUUAAAAGUAUGGAGUGAAGUUGCAACUUGGUGGCAUCGGUUUCCACCAGGUUUCCAGUCGGUUAAAGAUCUUCUCCACUGCAAAGCAAAUGUUCAAUCUAAUGGCGAUUUCGGUUUAAUUCAUGAAGCUGUGGCUUUGGUCUUUAUCUGGGUUAUUUGGAGCUUUAGAAACAAAAUGGCUUAUUCAGACAAGCACAUCUCUCCUUCCUGUCUCAUAAACGAUAUCCAGACCUUAUCGUAUUUAUGGAUAAAAGUUAGACAUAAAUCUAAGAAGCUUAGAUGGUUAGAAUGGUGCUGUAACCCAAUCCAAGAAGCUGGCCUGAAUUAA